UACUUACUGCCUUCUGCUGCAAAGACCACCACUGAUUUAAGACAACUAAGAAUCAUCCACUGCAUAUUACACACAGCAAAAUGAUGAACACUGGAUCACUUCAGACCUAUUCAGGCAGGAUAAUUUUGGUCUGCCUUUGCUCAGCAAUGUCAUUUUGGACAAGCGUCAACUGCUGGUCUUACCACUAUUCACAAACAAAAAUGACCUGGCAACAAGCAAGAACCUGGUGCCAGGAGCAUCACACAGACAUGGUGGCCAUCCAGAACCAAGAGGAGAUAACACACCUCAACAGCUGGCUGCCCAAAAAAUCCACCUACUACUGGAUUGGUAUUCGCAAAAUCAAUGACGUGUGGACCUGGGUAGGAACCAACAAGCCUCUGACAGAAGAAGCAAAAAACUGGGCAUUAGGGGAACCCAAUAACGCCAACAAAGAUGCACGGCGAAGUGAGGACUGUGUGGAGAUGUACAUUAAGAGACAGUAUCAGGCGGGCAAGUGGAACGAUGAGAGGUGUGACAAACAAAAGACUGCCCUGUGCUACUCAGCUGCCUGCAAAAAUGAUUCAUGUUUAUAUGGGGAAUGUGUGGAAACCAUAAACAGCCACAGGUGUAAAUGCAAUAAGGGCUUUCAUGGAGACAAGUGUGAGCAUGUGUAUUAUUGUAAGAAAGAUGAGGUGACAGUGCCUGACAAUGGAACAGUUACCUGCACUCACAAGUAUGGGGACUUUGCCUAUGAUUCUGAGUGUCAGUAUUCCUGUGAGGAAGGAUAUCAGCUGAGUAUGCCAAGACCUCUUCAAUGCAUUGCUGAAAAUACAUGGUCGGAUCAGCCUCCAACUUGUCAAUUAAUACAGUGUCCAAAGCUGUCCAGUCCACAGUGGGGCUCUGUGAGAUGCUCAGAUCCUUUGGGCCCUUCCAGUUACCAGUCCACUUGUGUGUUUGCAUGUGAAGAAGGCUAUGAACUCACUGGGUCUCAAACAGACACUCUGUUAUGUGAGUCAACAGGACAAUGGAAUGCAACACAACCAUCUUGCACUGCUGUUCAGUGCCCAACUCUACCAGAGCAAAGUAAUCUCAUCAUUACCUGUGAAGACUUGAGCUUUGGAAGUUCAUGCAGCUUCAGCUGUGCGACAGGCUUCACUCUGGUGGGACAUGAAACCAUAACAUGUACAUCAUCUGCAGAGUGGAGUAACAACAUGCCAUUCUGUGAAGCUGUGCGAUGUCCUGCAAUCUCAGUACUGGAAAAUGCUGUUGUGAACUGUGAAGGAGAUACCAAAACAAAGUAUGCAUACGGAAACUCCUGUAGCUUCAGUUGUCUGCCAGGAUACAAUCUGGUGGGAACAAAAGCACUAACAUGCACUGCAUCAGCAGAGUGGAGCGGAAAUGUCCCAUACUGCCAAGCCAUAUACUGUCCAGUGCUUGAGGGGAAGCCAAACCUUACAAUGAAUUGCAGUAGCAACAACUCAGAGCUGGCACCUGGGGCCACUUGCAGCUUUAACUGUGAGCCUGGCUUUGAACUACACGGAGCAGAAAACCUCCAGUGCUCAGAAGAUGUACAAUGGGAUGAGGCUGUGCCAACAUGUGAAGCUGUUGUUUGUCCUUUCCUGGAGGCUCCACAAAAUGGCCACAUCAACUGUUCACUCAAAGAGUCACUCUACAACUCUCAGUGCGCCUUCACCUGUGAUCAGGACUACACACUCGACGGACUUGCCAUACUUACCUGUGAUCACUAUGGCAACUGGACAGGAGACAUGCCCACCUGCAAACCCACAUUAUCCCAGGUGACUCUCAUUGCCUCAGGAGUGGCAGCAGGGGGCGCUGUUUCACUGUCCGGUCUCUCUCUGGCUAUGUGGAUCCUCAGGAAACUCAAGAACAGGGCAUCAAAGUUUGACUUGAGCAGCUCUGACAUUGACGUCCCACCACAGCACUACAAAAACAGCACUGACAGCCUCAUAUAGAAAGUCCGGUGUGAAAUACACAUAAAGCACAUCAUUUUGAAUACUUUGAGACAGAUUUUGGUGCUUGCCUUUGUAGCUAUAUAUAUUUUUUCAUUU